AUGGGAUGGGGACCAGACCCAAUUUGGUCGCCUUCCAAGGUUACGACAAAUUCCAAAGCUUGCGAAUCUGGAAAUUCCGUCACGCUUAAUGUUAGCGUACAGCCAGAGACUGCCUCUGAGUACAAGCUCCCAGGCCAGUACGUACAAGUCAGACUCGACGAUAGUACAAAACCUUUGUUUCUGGCCAUUGCCUCGGCCCCCGAUGCCGAAAACGCAUCUUUCGAAUUUCUGGUUAAAAAAACGGAAGGAAAUGAUUGGCUUACUUCGAUCGCUCCGGGUACUGCUGUUGAAGUAUCUCAGGUUCUUGGCAAUGGCUACUCCAUUGCUGAGAAUAUCGAUAGCUUGAAGUAUGAUUUUCCAACGCAGAACAUUCUUUUGUUUGCAGCUGGGUCCGGAUUAGCACCGAUUAAGGCGGCAUUAGAAAGUGGACAACUUAAAGUGGGCAGUGAUUCUUCUCGCCAAGCUCGUCUAUACUACGGCGAGCGCACGGCAGAAGAUUUGUGUUACGUGGACAAGUACAGUGAGUGGGAAGCCGCCGGCUUCGAAGUCGUUCCCGUGUUGAGUCAACCUGACGAAAGCGUCUGGAAGGGACGGACUGGAUACAUUCAGACUGCUUUAGAGGAAGACGGAGUCGAUAUUCCUCGGAAUUCAGGAGCUUUGCUUUGUGGUAUGAAAGGCAUGACUGAAGCUGUGAAAGACUUCCUGACGAAGGCGGGCGUCUUCGAAGGGCGUGUUCUCUUCAAUUUCUAA